AUGGACGACCUAGUGGCUAGUGCACCAGGGUCCGGGGAGGUUGAAUUUAUGCAGUCUUAUCGUGCAUGCGGGGCUGAUGUGAGACAUGCUGAAGUUCUAGAAAAUGGCCAAGUGGAGACUAAAUUGCUGGCGAAACAUCAAGGGCGGGCCAUUAAAUUGGCCAUUGAACCUGGCAGUUCUCAUAUAUUUUAUACUUGCGGUGAAGAUGGAUUGGUUCAGCAUUUUGAUCUGAGAACCGGAACUGCUACAGAAAUUUUUACUUGCCGACCUCUCCUAGCUAAAAGUUCCAGACCAGUAGUUCAUCUAAAUGCAAUUGCCAUUGAUCCGCGGAAUCCUAAUUUGAUUGCGGUCGCGGGAUCAGACGAGUAUACCCGACUCUAUGAUUUCCGCAAACAUCGAUGGGGCAGCUCAACUGAUUUUGGUCAUCCAACUGAGUUCUUUUGCCCCCCACAUUUAAUUGGUGACAAGCAUGUGGGAAUAACAGGAUUGGCAUUCUCGGAUCAGGGUAAAACGGGACUUUAUCCUCAUUCUGUGGCAUUUCCAACGGAUCUAGAUGGUGAUUCGAAAGUUGGUCCCCGAGUUUAUAAGGGGCACAAGAACUGUGACACGGUGAAAGGUGUGAACUUCUUCGGGCCUAAAUGUGACUAUAUUGUUAGUGGGUCAGAUUGUGGCCGGAUUUUCAUUUGGAAGAAGAGUGGGGAGCUCAUUCGUGUCGUGGAAGCAGAUAAUCAUGUCGUGAACUCUAUUGAGUCUCAUCCUCAUACAACUGUACUUGCAAGCAGCGGAAUUGAGCAUGCUAUAAAAUUAUGGACACCAAAAUGCAUUGAUAGGGCUACUCUGCCUACAAAUAUUGGAGAGAGACCCAAGGCAAGGGUCAGGUUGCAUGGCGUAUUUUCACCUGAGGACCUGAUGAUGCAAUAGUUUUCCCUGCCAAGGUGAAGGUCAAAUCUGGAGUGGAAUGGAGAGAAUUCAACUGCUGAAUGCCAACAGUGGUGGUUCAUUGGAUAAACGUAGAGAUAACUACAGUGCUGAAGACUUUUUGCGGUGAUUUUGCAGCAACCUUUGUUAGAGAAAAGAACUAUGGUAAUUGUACAAAAUACACGCUCAAGUUCAACUCUUUGAUGUGGCUUUGGUUACUUGCAAUAUUUUUUCCCAGUUUUGUUUUCCUAGCUUUUUGGUAUCAUUGAAUAUACCAUUCAUCUUUGUUCAUUCAUCUGUUUUUCAGUUCUUUGUUCAUUAAAAUCAUAAAAUGCA